AUGUCCAGCCUCCGGCUCGUGAUAACAAUCGCUGUGUCGGUCGCCGCACUCGCUGCGGGCGUAUCGUUCUCUGAUCCCAUGGGGAGCGGAAUCCCAGGGCGGACGGCACGGGCUGUCAGUCCAUUCGAAAUCAUCAACAUCGAUCACACCCCGUGUCGCUACGACAGCAAACGUCAAGGAACCUGCAUGCUUGGAGUCUCGUGCACUGCUGCUGGGGGAAGAUUCAACGCAACAAACCCGUGUGAUCCUCGGACCGGGUCGACUUUCGGCGUGUGCUGUCUCCUACAACAGACUUGCGACGGAGUUAUCAUGACGAACAACACUUACUUCGUGAACCCCGAUUUUCCGAGCGAUACGACAGAGUCGCAGACGUGCGAAAUCACGGUCAUGCCGCCCAGAGGAACCUGCUACCUGAGACUGGACUUCACCAAUUUCACCAUUCAUGACCCUGUCCAAGGUGCCUGCGUUGCGGAUCAAUUCCACGUGCCGGAAGCCGAGCAUGACGCGCCCAUGCUCUGUGGAUACAACAAUGAGACUCACAUGUACAUCUAUGUCAGGGAUUUGGUGGGAAAGCAGAAUGUUACCCUGCGGUUCAAUCUCGGCGAGUGGAACGGUCCCAGACAAUGGAUGAUCAACGUCGCACAGAUCGAAUGUGGCCAAGAUUGGACUCCUGGAGAACGUGGUUGUCUGCAGGUCCAUAUGGCUGCCAACGAUACCGUCAGGUCUUACAACUACGAUGAGCGUAAUCCGGGAAGAUCUACCAUGUUGGCCGGGUUGGACUACACGGUCUGUGUGCGGCAAGCGCAGAGUCGAUGCUACGUGAGGUGGGUCUCGGAGUUCUUCUCAUUGUCCGCGAGCAACGGUACUACAGCUGUGGGGCAAGCAUGCACUCAGAACUAUGUGCUGAUCAAUCAAGGCUUCGAUGUCAAACAGAAAACGUCCAUAGACAGAUACUGCGGCGAUGUUUUCGGUGCAAGGAAGAACUCGACGAGUGCGUCACCAGUCAUUUCGACUGCAAGGCCUUACCACGUCAGGGUUCGCACCUCAACUAAUGCCACGGCGCUCGGACGAGGUUUCAUUUUGAAGUACUCGCAGCUGCAGUGCCUCAAUACUAGAGUUAUAUCCUACCGGGACUAA